UGCAAAUCAAGGAAUAGAACAGCACAGAGCAGAGGAUAAGAAUGCAGAAUUUCCUGUAUCUGAAGCUGGUCAUGAUGCCACUGGUGGGGCUUCUCCUGAUACAGCAGUAAAACAGGAGAAACAUGGGUUUGACAGUUCCAAUGAGUUAUCGAAGGAGGAGUUGGGUCGCCUUGUUGCUUCUCGCUGGACGGGAGAAAACACCGCAGAGCAAAGCAAUGAAUCUGGUGCUGCAAAGGAAGACCAUGAAGGUGCUGAAGUGUCUCUAGAGAGCAAACAUGGUGAGGACUAUGAUAGCUAUGAUUCUGAAACUGAUGGAGAGAGCGAAAAGUACGAUGAUGAUGACAUGGAAAAUGAAAACAUGGAUGAUGACGAGUUGAGAUAUAAAGAGCAUGAUGAUUCUAGUGCCUCAUACAGAUCUGACUCAGAAGACCAGACAGACUUUUCAGAUAUAACUGCAAGUAAUCCUUCUUGGUUGGAUAAGAUACAGCAUACUGUUCGGAACAUUUUGCAAGCAGUUAACUUAUUUCAGACUCCAGUGGAUAAAUCAGAGGCUGCUCGUAUACGGAAGGAAUAUGAAGGUUCUAGUUCAAAGCUGUCUAAACUAGAGUCAACGAUAACAAAAUUGAGUGAAAAACUAAAACAUGAUUUUGGGCCAGAGAAGGAAUUUUAUUCGUUUUAUGACCGUUGUUUUGAGAACAAAGAGAGCAAGUAUGUCUACAAAGUAUGUCCAUAUAAACACGCUUCCCAAGUGGAAGGCCACAGUACAACUAGACUGGGGAACUGGGAUAAAUUUGAGGACUCAUUUAGGGCCAUGAUAUUUUCAAAUGGCGAUAGAUGCUGGAAUGGGCCUGGCAGAAGUUUAAAGGUAAAACUUAGGUGUGGUUUGAAGAAUGAGCUAACGGAUGUAGAUGAACCUAGUCGUUGCGAGUAUGUAGCAUUGUUGUCAACACCUGCUCUUUGCUUGGAGGAGAAGUUAAAGGAACUUCAACACAAACUAGAUUUAUUGAACAUGGAACAAAUCCAGAGCCAUGAUGAACUUUAAUCUGUUUUUGAUUAACUGGGAAUGCUGAAGAGUAUCUCAACUACAAUUGAAUUGAUCCUACGUAGAUGCAUGGGCUGGUCAUGCUCGUGAAGAUCUUGAGAUGCUUGGAACAUCAGCUGGUUCUCUGAAUACUCUGAAUCUUCCUUGAUUUGGCCU